CUUCAGCAACGGGUAGCAGAAUUGGAAAAAAUUAAUGCAGAAUUUUUACGUGCACAGCAGCAGCUUGAGCAAGAAUUUAAUCAAAAGAGAGCAAAAUUUAAGGAGUUAUAUUUGGCUAAAGAGGAGGAUCUUAAGAGGCAAAAUGCAGUUUUACAAGCAGCGCAAGAUGAUUUGGGACACCUUCGGACACAGCUGUGGGAAGCUCAAGCAGAGAUGGAGAAUAUUAAGGCUAUUGCCACAGUCUCUGAGAAUACCAAGCAAGAAGCUAUAGAUGAAGUAAAAAGACAGUGGAGAGAAGAAGUUGCUUCACUUCAGGCUGUUAUGAAGGAAACAGUUCGUGACUAUGAGCACCAGUUCCACCUUAGGCUGGAGCAGGAGCGAACACAGUGGGCACAGUAUAGAGAAUCUGCAGAGAGGGAAAUAGCUGAUUUAAGAAGAAGGCUGUCUGAAGGUCAAGAAGAGGAAAAUUUAGAAAAUGAAAUGAAAAAGGCCCAAGAGGAUGCUGAAAAACUUCGGUCUGUUGUGAUGCCCAUGGAGAAGGAAAUUGCAGCUUUGAAAGAUAAACUGACAGAGGCUGAAGACAAGAUUAAAGAGCUGGAGGCCUCAAAGGUUAAAGAACUGAAUCAUUAUCUAGAAGCUGAGAAAUCUUGUAGGACUGAUCUAGAGAUGUACGUAGCUGUUUUAAAUACUCAGAAAUCUGUUCUACAGGAAGAUGCUGAGAAACUGCGGAAAGAGUUGCAUGAAGUUUGCCAUCUCUUGGAGCAAGAGCGACAACAACACAACCAGUUAAAACAUACGUGGCAAAAGGCCAAUGACCAGUUUCUGGAGUCUCAGCGUUUGCUGAUGAGAGACAUGCAGCGAAUGGAGAUUGUGCUAACUUCAGAACAGCUCCGGCAAGUUGAAGAAUUGAAGAAGAAAGAUCAGGAGGAUGAUGAACAACAAAGACUUAAUAAGAGAAAGGAUCACAAAAAAACAGAUGUCGAGGAAGAAGUGAAAAUACCAGUAGUGUGUGCUUUAACUCAAGAAGAAUCUUUAGCCCAGUUAUCAAAUGAAGAGGAGCAUUUAGACAGCACCCAUGGUUCGGUCCAUUCCUUAGAUGCAGACUUACUGUUGCCAUCUGGAGAUCCAUUCAGUAAAUCGGACAGUGACAUGUUUAAAGACGGACUCAGGAGAGCACAGUCUACAGACAGCUUGGGAACCUCAGGCUCAUUGCAAUCCAAAGCUUUAGGCUAUAACUACAAAGCAAAAUCUGCUGGAAACCUGGACGAGUCAGAUUUUGGACCACUGGUAGGAGCAGACUCGGUGUCUGAGAACUUUGAUACUGCAUCCCUUGGGUCACUGCAGAUGCCAAGUGGGUUUAUGUUAACCAAAGAUCAGGAAAGAGCAAUCAAGGCAAUGACACCAGAACAGGAAGAGACGGCAUCCCUCCUCUCCAGUGUUACCCAGGGUGUGGAGAGUGCUUACGUGUCCCCCAGUGGUUACCGCUUAGUUAGUGAGACAGAAUGGAAUCUCCUGCAGAAAGAGGUGCAUAAUGCGGGAAAUAAACUUGGUAGACGUUGUGAUAUGUGUUCCAAUUAUGAAAAACAGUUACAAGGAAUUCAGAUUCAGGAAGCUGAAACAAGAGACCAGGUGAAAAAACUGCAGGUGAUGCUAAGGCAAGCUAAUGACCAGUUAGAGAAGACAAUGAAAGAUAAACAGGAGCUGGAAGACUUCAUAAAGCAGAGCACUGAAGAUUCAAGUCACCAGAUCUCUGCACUUGUCCUAAGAGCCCAAGAAUCCGAGAUCUUACUUGAAGAGUUACAACAGGGGUUUUCCCAGGCAAAGAGGGAUGUUCAGGAACAGAUGGCAGUGCUGAUGCAGUCACGGGAACAGGUUUCAGAAGAGCUGGUGAGGUUACAGAAAGAUAAUGACAGCCUCCAGGGAAAGCAUAGCUUGCAUGUUUCAUUACAGCAAGCGGAAGACUUCAUCCUCCCAGACACUCUCGAGGCACUUCGGGAGUUGGUAUUAAAAUACCGUGAGAACAUCAUUAAUGUGCGGACAGCAGCGGACCACAUGGAAGAAAAACUGAAGGCUGAAAUACUUUUCCUAAAAGAGCAGAUUCAAGCAGAACAGUGUUUAAAAGAAAACCUUGAAGAAACUCUGCAGCUAGAAAUAGAAAACUGCAAGGAGGAAAUAGCUUCCAUUUCUAGCCUAAAAGCUGAAUUAGAAAGAAUAAAAGUAGAAAAGGGACAGUUGGAGUCCACAUUUAAAGAGAAGUCUCAACAGCUUGAGAGUCUUCAGGAGAUAAAGAUCACUUUGGAAGAACAGUUAAAGAAAGAGACUGCUGCUAAGGCUACGGUUGAACAACUAAUGUUUGAAGAGAAGAACAAAGCUCAGAGAUUACAGACAGAAUUAGAUGUCAGUGAACAAGUCCAGAGAGAUUUUGUAAAGCUUUCUCAGACCCUUCAGGUGCAGUUAGAGCGCAUCCGGCAAGCAGACUCCUUAGAGAGAAUCCGGGCAAUUCUGAAUGAUACCAAACUGACAGACAUUAACCAGCUCCCUGAGACAUGACACCCUGACAGCAGGAUUCUAGCCUGCACUUUGGGUUUUUAACUCAUCUUUAGAGCAACAUUAAUUAUUAUUUAACUCUUAACUGAAGAAGCAGAAGUCACAACAAAAGGAAGACUGGAGAAAUGCUUAUUUCUAGUGGGAGAAGACUGCAGCACAGGAACAGCGAACAGCCAGGGUGAUUUGCAGCAUAAAGACCUUUCAAAUGGGAACACUAAUGAGACUCUGGACUUGAUUCCAAUGGGCAUGGGAUCAGAUCUGGUGAUAGAAAAAGUGCUGUUUCCUUGCCUGCUUUCUCCAACAUAGAUUUUUGGAACACAUUUUCCUACCCUACAGCAACAUCCCAAUAGUGUUUGGAAUUACAUUUUCUGUUAAUAGAUCUUGGGAGAGAUAAUUUUCUUUUUCUGUUGUCUAGAGCUCAUCAGUAACACAGCGUUCAGCUAGCAGACAGAGGUGUAGUAUGCUGUAUGAAUAUUUUAUAUUAAAAUAUGAAGUUUGAGAGCAGGCCAUUGGCUACUGACUGUAUUUCCCUUGCUUGGUGCAUUUUAUUUUCUUUUCACCAUUUUAUCUUGCAUUGGGGAACCUUAAAUGCUACUGAAACUUGCCUGAGAACCAUUAGACUAUGGCAAACAAAACCAAUUCACGAACCGAAUUAAUUAUGAGGAUUUGAAAACUUGGCUGGGGUUUUAUAUAUAUAUUGGAAGUUAACGUUAAAGGAAAAGCACAAGAAACUGUUUGGAAGCACUUUUUCUGAUACCUGGAUGAUCUUCGUGGGCCCAUAGGUACCAGAGUAAAGUUGAAUUGGCACCGUCUAUCUACUCUUUUCAAGUGUUUUGCUAUGUCUCACAACAUCUAGUAUACAUUUAUAAAUCAGCUUAUUUUCAUCUUGAAUCAAUGGGCUUGAAUACCGUUUGUUUCAAAUGUGUCAAAUACAAAAAUGGUGGUGACUGGGUUUGACAGAUACUUAUAUUCUGGGUCUAAAGAAAAAUACAAAGUGACAUUGCUUUCGGUGAAGCUGGGGAAAAGCCAGUUAGUAUACUGAUGUUUGGAAAUCUGCUUUGUCGGUUUACAAGAGGUUAGAUUCCAUUCCUGUUUGGAGAAAACCUCAAUUAAACAGGUUGUCUUUGCCAUAGAUUUGUGAAGUGUUGCAGAAGCACAAAGAAUGGAUUCGUGUUCACUAUUUACCUGCUGCAGUACUGUCCCAGGAAUAGCCAGUGGAAGACUGCCCUGUUUGUUUAAUUCAUUGUACAGAUGGUUCAAAAGUAAAAUAGUUUAACUGGUGUUGCCUAACAGUAGGGUACCUGAAGGAACCUUAUGGCAAUUAGUUAACUAAGUAGACUGUCUGGUUCCCUUAAAGCCACCACCAACUUACAGUUUAAAGUGAAUUGUCUUUGUUAUAAAUGAAGUCCUUAUGGACUUGCCCUAAAAAUCUUUACUUCUGUCUUCCACAGGACUACAUACCUCAUCCCUUGGGUUAUAAUGUUAUAGUUGUACAUUCACAAUUAUGAAUUUAAAAGUAAAUACUAAUUAUGGAAAUAGUGCUGUAGGCUUACCAUGCAUGAAACAUAAUUUAAAUUGGUUUAAAGUUCCUUUGUGUAAAAAGUGCUACUUGGUUUAGAUAAGGAAACAUAUCCUCAUUGAGUUACAGGGAAUUUUAUUUACAAAAUGCAAUCAAUUUGAAUUAUAUAAGGUUAAGAUUAGUCUCUUGGAUAGGCCCCAAGCUAAUUUGUUUCAGAUUAUUAAAAUUAGUGCUGUAAGUCAGGAUGGCUAACUCAUAAUAUUUUAUUUUCUAUUUUUUUUGCGGCUGGUCUAUAUGGGGAUCCGAACCUGUGACCCAGGUGUUGUAACACCACACUGCAACCGAGUUAAUUGGCCAGCCUGGGUAACUUAUAAUCUUUCUGAACCUACUGAACUACACUGCAGCUCCCAGUGAGCUGUUCUGCUAAGACUGGGUACCCUACAGCUAUUUUUCUACAGAAGAUGGUACUGGGGCAAUAAAAUCAUCAUGAUUAGGGAACUGUUAGUGGUCUCUAUGUGGCAGAUGCAAACUCUUAGAAUCCACUUUAUUGAGGAAAAUGUCCUAGAAAAACCUAUUUCUGAUAAUAAAACAAACUACUGUGACACUAUCCAGCUAGGAAACAAUUCUUUAAACUGGGUUUUCUGCAUAAAUUGAACUGAUUAAAAUCAGCUGGGUUUCAUGAGUGUUCCUGUGCUUGUGUUUAGUCUGUACACACGUUCUCACGCAUGUCUAACCUGAUUUACCUCUCAUCUGUAACAUACCUUCUCAUGUGGCUUUUAACUGGCAGCCACUCGGCCAUUUCUAGGCAGGUAUGGUAUUACCUUUCAGAACUCACAUUGGCAGGUAUGAAAAGAUGACCGAAAGCCAACUGAGGACAAAACCACAUUGCAUAUCACGCUCUUUCUUUCUCCCUUUGAGAUGCAAAACUUGCACCUCUACUUGCACUCAUCAACAUAGAGCAUGGGCAUACUCAGCUCUGAAAGGUAACACUGCCUGUACAGAAGUGAGCCAGCAGUGGUCUUUGCAACUGUGGAUCUUGAGCGCUGCUCUGAGAUUUCAGGUGUAACCAUUUGUUAAUUAUACUGAAGGUGUGUCCGUAAAGAGAAAGUGUUCAAAUUAAAAAAGCUACUGCUGA